CCCUCAAGACUCUCUCAAAAUGGCCGAGCGUCUCACGAUCCGCAAGCGUACGCCGUACAACACCAAGUCGAACCGCCGGCGCGUGGUCAAGACGCCGGGCGGCAAGCUGCGCUACCUGCACCUCAAGAAGCUGCCGACGAGCCCCAAGUGCGGCGACUGCCACGUCGCGCUGCCCGGCAUCAAGGCGCUGCGCCCGCGCGAGUACGCCAACGUCAGCAAGACGCACAAGACCGUGCAGCGUGCUUACGGCGGCUCCCGCUGCGCCAACUGCGUGCGCACCCGGAUCAUCCGCGCCUUCCUCGUCGAGGAGGCCAAGGUGGUCAAGCUGGUGCUCAAGGCCGCCGCUGCCAAGAAGUAAAUCCGCUUCUUGCGCUUCAAAAGGCCUUGCCGCUGGUUGGGGAUGGGAUGCUUUGGAUGUUUGGGGAUGGCCUUUGCGGCCGACGGCG